CUUUUAGAUGUGCAGACACGAGAUGAAGUGAACUGCAGAGAAUGUCGUGGACAACAGCAUUACUUUUGACCGCAUAUCUGACUGGUGUCUCCUUGAGUUUAGCUGACGAUCUCUUCCUCACCCCCCAGUCGGCCACUCGACUGAUCGGACAGAGACUUGAAUUGAACUGUAGCGUAAAUAAAGAGAGAGACUGUAAAGAUGCCCAGUUCUUCUGGCGGCACAGAGACAUUCGUCAAAAGAGCAAUGAAGACGCGGAAAGGGAAAUUCAGGGUAAAGGACGGGUUUCAAUCAGCACUGAGUCGCUAUCGAGCUCUCUGGUCAUCACGGACUUGAAGGUUACAGAUUCUGGUUACUUCAUCUGUUCUGUGAUGUGUGUGACGAUUAAAAUGGAGUUCAUAUGGAAGAGUUCACAAGUGGAGGUGAGAGCUGUCCCCAAACUGGACCUCCAUUACCAGACAGCAAGUGAAAACCCCAGCAUCCUCCUCCUGACCUGCAGUGCUGUGGGCUUCUACCCUCCAAAUAUAACCCUGUCUUGGGACCACUCUCUUCAUGAAGUGACCCAUUCUAUUCUGCCAGACGUUCCCACACUCCUUCAGGAUGGCACCUACAACAUCAGCUCCAUUCUGCAUGUCAAGACUUCCCUAUGGAUCCCAGGGGAAGAAAUUGGGUGUGUGGUGAACCACAGCUCUCUGACACGGCCACUGAGGAAGAACAUCACGCGAGAAGGUGACUUUUCAGAGUCAAGAAACUGGCACUGGUACCUGCUAUUUCCUGUCACUGUUCCUUUCCUUAUUUGCACUUGUUUGUUGGUCAAAAUUUGGAGAGCUCUUCAUGAAAGAGGCCCUUGAAAUCAUUACUGCUCCAUGUGUGGAACAUAUGCAGACAUUGGAAUGCCUCAACAAAACUGCUAUGACAUUCUGAUCAUGGAUUGGUUUCAGUCUGUGCCAUUGUACUGAUAACUAGUAUGAUUACAAAAAGAAAAAAACGGUCAAAGAAAAGUCUCAGUUGGCAAGAGUUUUUGAAAAAUUUUUCUUCAUUAAUUUGAGGCUAAACAGUGGCGACUGUAGGUCACAUUGCAACCUUCCUGCCGCAAUGCCGCCCCCAGUAUAUAAGACCAAAGCUGCACUAUGAAGUAUUGUGUUUAGCUGUGCAGUAGAUGGUACUAUUGUGCCACAACCAAAUCAAGGUUGCAGUCGUUUUGAGUUGCAAUAAGAUUCUUUAGAAAGACAAACAAAUUCAGUAACUCAGCGUUGGCAAAGAGUUGUAGUUUACUGAUGGAUGGUCUAAAUAAAAAGACCCAGAUAAACAGGUGACACCUUUACUAGUUCUAAAACCUUCAUAUGCUGGUAUGCUUGCCAUUUCUUUUACCAUCACCUCCCAUUAUUGCACUUCUACUUCAAAUAUUUGUAUGUACAUACAUAUGUACAUAUGAAUAUAAGAGCAGGUGAUACUUCAGUUCAUAACAUGUUAUUCUCAAACCUUCUAAAUCCAAUUCAAGGUCACAAGAGUCCUGGGCCUGUCCUGGUAAAUUUUUGUUAAUGUGUUAUGACUUUAAAGUGAAUAGGAUACAGCAGCAGAGGACCACCCCAGUAUCCACUCCUACCAGUUAAGAUCAGCAACAUGAGACUACAGUGGGCAUAUGAUCAUGAAGAUGGGAUGAUGGAAGAUUGAGAAAAUUUCAUCCAAUUAGAUGUAUCUCUAGUUACUGAGACAUAAAUAUUAGGGUCAGAAUUUUGGAUAAGCAGUAGAAGUGCAUGGAUCUUUCCUGUCUUGUGUCAACAUUAUAGGCUGGCAAUGGAAAUGUGGUGAAGAGGCAAUGAGACUUCUUAACACCAGUUGCAUAUCAUUUGAAUGGACGAGCGUACCUACUCAUUAUUGAUGACCACGUGCUUUCCCUUAUGGCCACAGUUUGCCUUUUUCAAAUGCCUACUUCCAGCAGGAUAAAGUACAAAAACACAAAGCAUGCAUCAUCACAAGAUGGUUCAAAGAACAUAAGGGGGACUUCCGUUUACUCCAGUGAUUUGCAAGUCUGCAGAUCUCAAUCUAAUUUAGAGGUCUUUUGGAAUAAAGUGAAAUGUGGACCAAAAAUCCGAAGCAACUGUUUAUCUUGAUUGUGUCACCAUGGACCAAAAUCCUAUAAUAAAUGUUUCCAGCACCUGGCUAAAUUCAUACUGCAAAGGAUUCAGACUGUUCUGAAGGAUAAAGGAGUCAUAAAGUAAAAUGCCCAUUGAAAGUAAAUAUUACAAGUAUAAUAGCCUAGCUAUCUCUGUUAAAAAUGCUGUUAAAGUUCAAAUAAAUAUGUAAUGUGUAAAUGUAGCUCUUAGAACCUGUUUUGAUUUCUCACAUGGUGUUGUUCUGACUGAAAAUUGUUUGUUUUGCCUUUUUCUUAAGUGAAGUUGGUUUUCUCUGGCUUUACAGUCUAAUUGCAUAACAUACUGUUUGGUGGACUGGCACCCAUUGUGAAACAAUUUGGGUUAUUGUGUAAAAUAAUAAAAGUAAGACGAGCACCUGUUACUGUCAAUGAGUGAUACGACUGAGGAAAA